AUGGAUGUUAGAGAUCAAUAUAAAAAUGGGGGCAAAGUCUCAGUAGAAGAUGGAGCAACAUGGGAGAGAGAGAGAGGGAGAGGCUCUCCAGAAUUUGCACAAAAGAUGCCUCCUUUCUUACAUUACAAUUUCAAUGUUGUACAAUUUUUGGCUGAUGUUGCUGGAGAAGUAAUUGGGAAGGCUCUGCUUCCAAUGCCUGCUGGUGGUCGAAAUGACCAAUUUGUCCUGGGUUUGACCAGUUGA